CACUCAUUAUGAAUAUGGCGGAAAAAGGAGGAGUGGUGUUGUGUUAACCGUAGAUCUCCUUAAUCCUUCGCCCGAACAAGAAAAACGUAAACAUAAGCUUAAAAGGCUGGUGCAAAGUCCAAAUUCCUACUUUAUGGACGUAAAAUGUCCAG